AUGGUCUUUUAUCUUGUUGGAUUAGGGUUAGGAGAUGUCACAGAUAUAACAGUAAAAGGAUUAAAUAUUGUUCGCCGUUGCAAAAAAGUUUAUUUUGAAAAUUAUACAAGUUUACUUUCAUUUGGUUUUGAUCAAACACAACUUGAAAAAUUUUAUGAAAGGCCAAUAAUUGAAGCAGAUAGAGAAUUUGUUGAACAAAAAAUUGAGAAGGUUUUGGAAGAAUCUUUAAAUGAGGAUAUUGCUUUAUUAAUUGUUGGUGAUCCUUUUGGUGCUACAACACAUUCAGAUUUGUUAAUUAGAGCAAAACAAAUGGGCGGUUCUGUUAAAGUGCUUUAUAAUUUUGGCUCAACUGUCUCAAUUCCUUUUUGGACUGAUAAUUGGGAACCUGAUUCUUUUUUUGAAAAGAUCAUAAUAAACUUGAAUAAUGGAAUGCAUACAUUAUGUUUACUUGAUAUUAAAAUAAAAGAACAAAGUUUGGAAAAUAUUUUGAGAAAAAGAAAUGAAUAUGAGAAACCAUGUUUUCUAACUUGUUCCCAAGCUGCUAAACAAAUAAUUAAACUAAUUGAGAGGAAUAAAGGAAAUUUGGUUGUAAAUGCUGAUAUAUUUGUUGUUGGAAUUGCUAGAAUUGGUUGGGAUGAUCAAAAGAUUGUCUAUGCUACUCUUCAACAGUUAGCCUUUGAAGUGGAUAUGGGGUUACCUCUUCACAGUCUAAUCAUUCCUUCCUUUGAAUUACAUCCUUUAGAGAAAGAAAUGCUUAAUUCUUUUAUUUUUAAAUAAUUGUUGUUGUUGUUUUUAUUGUUGUUGUUGACAUUUUUAACGAGUUAAAAACUUUGGAUAUUUCUCUACUUUUCCUUUCUUUUGAGCUUUCCAAACGUCCAAAAAUCCCCCCAAAAAUGAUUUUGUGCUCUUACCUUUUUCUUUCCUUUGUGUCAUUUUAUGUCUUUAACAUU